GCGCGCGCUUUUCCUGUUGCUGGUCGCUGCAUGUGCGUAUUUAAGCACUUCCCGGGGGGCGAGGAUGUCAUUCUACGUCAAACGCGACGACCGACAUGCCCAACAUGAGGCUGCUCCUUCUGCUCUCGCUCACGCUCAGCUGCAGCCUGGCGCGGAGCGUUGACUCAGGCGUGGCCAGGUCAGGCGUCGGGAUCGUCGGUCCGGGUUCGGUAGCUGGGGACCAGCAGUUCCCGUGGCAGGCGCUGGUGCGCAUGGACAGCAACUUCGCAUGCGGAGGGUCCAUCCUAAGCGCAAGCUGGAUACUGACUGCCGCCCAGUGCGUCCGCGGGUUCUCCCGCUUCUCGGUCAUGGUUGGCAGCACGUAUGCUUCUUAUCAGUACAGCGAACAAAACAAAUGGCAGGAGAUCGGUUCCCGUCAAGCCAUCUAUCACGAAGAUUUCAACAACAGCUCCUACCUGAGCAACGACAUCGGCCUCAUCCAACUCAGCUCACCUAUCACGUGGACCGCUUACACCAGUCCCAUCCCCCUGCCCUCGCUUGACGCCUCCAACACGUUCUCCGGAUGGCCGACAACGCUAAGCGGAUUCGGUUCCUACGGCACGAAUGGGUGGGCACUCAGCAAUCGACUCCGGUACGUCAAUUUGGUCAUAAUGGACAACGAUCAGUGCGCCGCGACGCUCGGCGACGACUCCAUCAGGCCCACCAACAUGUGCACUCCGGGCUCGCUUGACACACCGGUGGGCGCGUGCAACGGAGACGCCGGCAGCCCUUUGGUCGUGCUACAGGGCUACGGCUUGGUGUAUCAACAGGUGGGCAUCGUCUCCUACAGCUCAAUGAACGACUGCGGCAGCAAACCCACCGUCUUCACCCGCGUCACCCCCUACCUCGACUGGAUCAGCAACCACACGGGCAUCGUCUUCCCCGCGUAGACCAGCCCCAGCCUCCCGCCCCGGGACACUUACGCUGCGAGGUGCAAGAGCGUAUGCGAGACCGGAACGCGUACAGGCCUAAACUGGUCUUAAUAUGUGCAAAUUUUGUAUCCACACGGGAAAAAGCAUGAAACGAGCAUAUUGGUGUGAGUCGAAAUGCUCAAAACAGUCUGAAUGUUGGAUUCCUCCAAAACAAAUUGUUUUUUGAUUACCGAUAUGCCCGACCGCCCCGUGCGAGCAGUGCGAGUAUGUUGACGGUUGGCCGCACGUCUGCAUACUGCAAGUAUAAUCAGAAGAAGGAUUCCAUACCAAGCCACCAGACGCCCGUACCACUUUGUUGGGGACUCAAGGGGAAUCACCAGUGCAGACAUGACAUUGCCGAAAACGACAUUUUUCUCACUUUUUUGUGUGUAGGUUACUGUGAUAUAGAAUUAAAUGAUUUGCUAAGAAGGUGAA